AUGAAGGGAUUCAUGGUCCAGCUGGCUGCGCUGUUACUGGCCCUCGGGUCCGCGCACGCGGAGAUCGGCCGCACGUCCAAGCAGAUGGUCGAGGAGUCGCCGGAGAGCCUGGCCUCCACGCUGAGCAAGGACUGCGGCAAGUCGUACAGUGCCACUUGCCUCAAGCUGGACGUGGUGUCUUUCCUAGACAGACUCUCCGAGCAGGAGGACAUCAACAUCCUGCCCGGCGUGUCCGUGAUCAAGGAGAACGGGUCGGCCAGCAUGCCGGCUGCCGAAGUGGUAGCUAACUUGGCCAGAGACUUCCCGAACGACGUGGAGAAGCGGCUGGACGCGUACCUGGUGCACAAGGUCGGCAGCUACUUGAACAGCCACUCGAUCUCUAUCAAGCUGUUCGACCCUAGGACCUUCGAAGCCGCGAGGAACUUCAACGAGGAGACUCUGGCUCAGCUGGGUCUGGGAGGACAGAGUGUUGGAACCGGUCGCAAGAAGGACAAAGGCGGCUACGGUGGUCUCAUGGCCGGGCUGAUGAUGAUGAAGGGCACCCUGGGAGCCGUAGGCUUCGGAGCUCUAGCUCUGCUAGCUGGCAAGGCUCUGAUGACCGGUCUGAUGGCGCUCAUGCUGUCGGCCAUCGUCGGACUGAAGGCGCUCGCAGGUGGCGGCGAGAAGAAGACCACCUAUGAGAUCGUCAGCAAACCGAUCUACUCUAGCUCCCAUACCCAUAGCUCCGAGGAGCACCACGGACACGGCUACGGGCACUCCGGCUACGGCAGAUCGCUGGACGCGGUCCAGGACACCAUCCAGCAGGCGGUGAUGAAGUACGGGAACGCGCGGGACCGUCGGUCGAUCCGGCUGAAUUAA